GAUUAUGGAAUUGAGUAUCUUCAAAAUAACAACGAAAUGGCCAAAAAGAGUGAUGUCAUAUUAGCAUGCGUCAAACCAAAUGUAAUUCUGUCCGCUCUGAGCGAAAUCGCCAAAGAGCUAGAUAGCAAAUUGGUCGUUUCUGUGGCUGCAGGCAUCACAUUGGAACAGAUGAAACAGGUUGUGCCAAAAACCACUCGCCUUGUUCGCAUCAUGCCAAAUACACCAUGCCUUGUUCAGGCAGGCACAGCUAUAUUCUCCCGUGGUGCUACAGUGACGAACGAAGACAUUGCCAUGACCACUUCUCUGUGUUCGAGCAUUUUCAAUGUUUUCGAAGAAAUUCCCGAAUCAUUGAUCAAUGCAGCCUCGGGGAUCUCUGGUUGUGGACCGGCCUAUAUGUUUCUUAUAGCCGAAGCGUUGGCUGAUGGUGGUGUUCGCAUGGGCGUACCUCGUCCAUUAGCGCACAAGUUGGCCGUGAGUACAAUGUUCGGAGCAGCGGCAAUGAUGGAAAAGACCGGCGAAAAUCCGUCUAAGCUAAAGAAUGACGUAUGUUCACCCGGUGGCGCAACGAUUGCGGCUGUCCAUGCCUUGGAAGAGGGCGGAGUCCGGGCAGCGAUUAUGAAUGCUGUACAAGCAGCAGCAGUUCGUAGUGAAGAAAUCAGCAAAUGA